AUGGAGGCUCAUACGAAGUAUGUAAUAAUACCACAUUGGUCCUCAUUGGUUAAAUGUAUAGCAGUACUACAUUUACAAACUCACUUAAAAGCCUCUACCAUCAUUUUGGAAGAUAAACCCAUAUCUCCUCCCAACAGAGGUGUUUCCCUCUCAUCACGUGACCCAAAGCUGGCCCUGUCAGUGGUGUUUCUCACACGAUCUGUCGCUGUUACAUAUGUCCUGUGGAGAUUUGACAGUUAAACACGUCUGUUAUAAAAUGGAGAAUAGUGGCUGACUGGAAGGACAUCUUCUAGAACUCUAGACCUUCUAGAACGGCACUGGACAGAACACCUGGCGAGCACCGGCCUCAAUGAUGAGUGGAAUUACAAGAACUACCUUCUACGUUGUCUUGACACUGAAAGACGCCACAGAGCUCUACCUCCAGGACAACCAGCUGUCCACAGUACCCUCAGGGCACUUUGACAGGCUGCAAAACCUGAGGAGGGUCACCCUAUCUGGGAACCCUUUCCACUGCGACUGUGGCAUCCAGUUCCUGAGGACCUGGCUGAGGAGGAACUCAGCUGUCGUGUCUGGUGGGGUGCCCACCUGUGCCAGCCCCAGUGGUGUGGCACACACAGCAAUCACUGCGCUCAGUGAUGCCUACUUCUCUUCCUGUGCCCAGCAAAGCUGUGCAGGGUGGGUGUAUGACACCAUGGUGGGGGUGAUGCUGUGUGGGCUCAUCGGCCUGCUGCUGUGGGGUCUGAGGCUGGCCAAGAACUCCACCUUCACUCUGGACAUCGAUCAGAGACAUGCAGGGUUGGAGGUGGACUCUCUGAGGUCGCUGAAGCCCAAACACAGGAGGCUCCAGAGAACUCUAUCUGAGGAGAGGGAGAACUCUGCCUCUCUCACCUGGACAAACGACCCAGAGAGACCGCUGAUUAACAUGGAGAUAUUGCCCCAAAUACUGGACGUAUUGCACAAGAAACACAAUAUAAAGAUAAAGACAAUAUAAGAUUUUGGGAUGAUUGUCGUGCACCAUGGGGUGACUGGGGAUUUAAAACCUAAGCUGGCGAUUGAGUGUUUUACCCUCUGUUGGAAUGCCAUUUAUCAGACUGUUUUGGCUCUUGCCUUGAAUUGAUUUUCUUUUGUCAUGAAGCCUGUAAAAUCAUGCUCUGGAACUAAUGUCUCCCAUUGUUAUGUAACAGAUUUGUGUUUUACACUUGUACACUGUAUCUCUCCAAUACAAAUGAAUGUAAUUGAGUAUAAAGUGCUCACGUCAAACACA